CUGCAUCUCUAUAUUCCUGAUUUACCUCAAAUGUUCAGAGUGUGAUGUCCAAUAAUUGUUUGAAUUUUGGUAUCUUUUCUCUAUGGCUUCUUCUUCUUGUUGCAGCUGGAGAUACGAUGUGUUCCCGAGUUUCAGCGGUGAAGAUGUCCGCAAAUCACUCCUCAGCCAUCUUCUCAAGGAGCUCCACCGCAAAUCAAUCAACACAUUCAUAGAUCAUGGGAUCGAGAGAAGCCGCCCGAUCGGCCCCGAGCUUUUGUCGGCGAUUAGAGAAUCAAGGAUCUCAAUCGUCGUCUUCUCUAAGAAUUAUGCUUCUUCCAGCUGGUGCUUGAAUGAGUUGGUGGAGAUCUACAAGUCCUUUAAUGAGUUGAAUCAAAUGGUGAUUCCGGUUUUCUACAACGUUGAUCCUUCUGAAGUUCGAAAACAGACCGGAAAAUUUGGAAAGAUCUUUGAAGGGACAUGCAACGGAAAAACAGAAGAUCAGAAACAAAGGUGGAUGCAAGCUCUAGCAGAGGUCGCAAACAUGGCUGGGGAGGAUUCUCGGAACUGGAGUGAUGAAUCAACCAUGAUUGAAAGAAUCGCCAACGAUGUUUCCAAUAAGCUUCUUAUCACACCAUCGAAUGAUUUUGGUGAUUUCGUUGGUAUUGAAGCUCAUUUAGAAGCAAUGAAUUCAGUGUUGUGCUUGGAAUCUGAGGAUGUGAGAAUGGUAGGGAUUGUGGGGCCUUCAGGGAUUGGUAAGAGUACCAUAGCAAGAGCUCUUUUCAGCCAGCUCUCCGGCCGAUUCCAUUAUAAAGCUUUCGUAUCUUAUAAGAGAACCAUCCAAGACGACUAUGGGAUGAAGGUGCGUUGGGAAGAACAGUUUCUAUCAGAAAUCCUAUGUCAAAAGGAGGUAAAGCUUUUCCAUUUAGGUGCGGUGGAACAGAGGCUAAAGCACAAGAAAGUUCUUAUCGUUCUUGACGAUGUGGAUGAUGUAGAGCUUUUAAAGACCUUGGUGGGACAAACUGGAUGGUUUGGGCUUGGAAGCAGAAUUGUUGUGAUAACUAAAGAUAAAGAACUUCUUAGGUCUCAUAAGAUCGAACUUGUUUAUGAGGUUGAUUACCCAUCUGAAAAUCUGGCUCUACAGAUGUUUUGUCGAUGUAGUUUUGGGCAAAACUCUCCACCUGAAGGUUUCAUGAAGUUAGCUUGUGAAGGUGCAAACCUUGCCGGUAAACUACCUUUAGGUCUCAACGUCUUGGGUUCUUCUUUAAGAGGGAAGGACAAGGAGGAGUGGAUGGAGUUGUUGCCUAGGCUCCGAGAUGGUCUCGAUGGGAAAAUUAAGAAAACGUUAAGAGUCAGCUACGAUGAGCUAGAAUGUAAAGAUCAAGAAAUUUUCCUUUACAUUGCCUGUUUACUCAAUGGUGAAAAAGUCGAUUAUAUCAAGAACUUGCUCGGCGAUAGUGUUGACAUGGGGCUCAGAAUUCUAGCUGAUAAGUCCCUCAUACGUAUAACACCAUCACGUAGAACUGUAAACAUGCACAGCCUGCUUCAGAAGUUGGGUAAAGAAAUUGUUCGUGCAGAGUCCAUUUACAAUCCUGGAAACCGGCGGUUCUUGGUGGAUUCUAAGGAUAUAUGUGAAGCACUUACCGAGAAUCUCUGCACAGAGAAUGUGUUAGGAAUGUAUUUCAACACAUCAGAGCUCGAGGAGGCGUUGUUUGUAAAUGAAGAAUCGUUCAAAGGAAUGCGUAAUCUCACAUUUCUAAAAGUUUACAAGGAGUGGUCGCGGGAGAGUGGUGAAGGCAGAUUGUGUUUACCUCGGGGCUACGUUUAUUUGCCCCGUAAACUCAGAUUGCUAUAUUGGGAUGAGUAUCCGUUGACGUUUAUGCAUUUCAACUUUAGGGCAGAAAUUCUGGUUAAACUCACAAUGGAGAAUAGCAAGCUUGAGAAGUUGUGGGAAGGAGUCCAGCCACUUCGAAGUCUCAAGAAGAUAAGAUUGGAUGGAUCCACAAAGUUGAAAGAAAUUCCUAAUCUAUCAAAUGCCAUCAAUCUCGAAAAAUUGAAUCUCUGGGGAUGCACCUCUUUGGUGACACUUCCUUCCUCCAUACGAUAUCUCAAUAAACUGAGGAAGGUAUCAAUGGAGGGAUGCACAAAGAUCGAGGCUCUUCCUACUGAUAUCAACUUGGGAUGUCUUGAUUACCUUAAUCUCGGUGGAUGCUCAAGGUUGAGACGUUUUCCUCGAAUUUCGAAGAACAUUUCAGGGCUCAUUUUAGAUGGAACAUCAAUAGAUGAUGAAGAGUCGUCCUACCUUGAGAAUAUCUAUGGGCUUACUAAGCUCGACUGGAAUGGUUGCUCAAUGAGAAGUAUGCCUUUGGAUUUUCGCUCAGAAAAUCUGGUCUAUCUUACAAUGAGAGGUAGUAAGCUUGAGAAGUUAUGGGAUGGAGUACAGUCACUUGGAAAUCUGGUGAGGCUGGAUCUGUCAGGAUGUGAAAACCUGAUUUUUUUUCCAGAUCUUUCAGAGGCCACCACUCUUGAUCAUUUGGAACUCAACGAUUGCAAAAGUUUAGUGGUACUUCCUUCUUCAAUUCGGAGUCUCAAUAAACUGACGCGGUUGGAAAUGCAAGGAUGCACAAAGCUAAAAGUUCUUCCAACUGACGUCAACUUGGAAUCUUUAAAGUACCUCGAUCUCAUAGGAUGCUCAAACUUAAAAAGUUUCCCUCGGAUUUCAAGGAACGUAUCAGAGCUCUAUCUCAACGGAACUGCGAUAGAAGAAGACAAAGAUUGUUUCUUUAUUGGGAAUAUGCAUGGGCUCACCGAACUCGUUUGGAGUGAUUGCUCGAUGAAAUAUUUACCUUCUAGCUUCUGCGCAGAAUCUCUCGUUAAAUUCUCUGUGCCAGGUAGCAAGCUUGAGAAGCUUUGGGAAGGAAUCCAGUCGCUUGGAAGUCUGAGGACGAUAGAUUUGUCUGGUUGUCAAAGCCUAAAAGAAAUUCCAGAUCUUUCAACAGCCACCAGUCUCGAGUAUCUGGAUCUCACCGAUUGCAAAAGUUUGGUGAUGCUUCCGUCAUCAAUUCGGAAUCUCAAAAAACUGGUGGAUUUGAAGAUGGAAGGAUGCACAGGGCUCGAAGUUCUUCCAAAUGAUGUUAACUUGGUAUCUCUUAAUCAGUACUUCAAUCUCAGUGGAUGUUCACGGUUGAGAAGUUUUCCUCAGAUUUCAACGAGUAUUGUAUAUCUCCAUCUAGACUACACUGCAAUUGAAGAAGUUCCUUCUUGGAUUGAGAAUAUAUCUGGCCUCAGUAGACUAACAAUGAGAGGUUGCAAGAAGUUAGAGAAAGUCGCGUCAAACAGUUUUAAAUUGAAAAGUCUUCUGGAUAUAGACUUUUCAGAUUGUGAAGGGGUCAGAACUUUCAGUGAUGAUGCAAGUGUGGUGACAAGCAACAAUGAAGGUCACCAACCAGUGACUGAGGAGGCUACCUUUCAUCUUGGACACUUAACAGCAAGUGAAAAGAAUCGUGCAUCUCAUUCGUUUUUCAAUCCAGUGAGUUGCCUGAAAUUCCAAAAUUGCUUCAAUCUGGACCAAGAUGCACGGAAACUCAUCCUACAGUCAGGUUUCAAGCAUGCAGUCUUACCAGGUAAGGAAGUUCAUCCGUAUUUCAGGGAUCAAGCCUGCGGAACUUCGCUAACAAUUUCUUUGCAUGAGAGCUCUCUUUCUCUACGAGUGUUGCAAUUCAAGGCUUGCAUCUUGCUUGAACCUCCAACUGGCUACCCCAGGAAUCGUUAUGCAUGCAUUGGGGUAUGGUGGUACUUUAGAGGCGAAAGAAACAUCCAUAACGUUUGCAUUGACGUUGACCCGUGUAACGUAGCUCAUCUAGUUGUGUUCCACUUCGAGUUAUGUCUUCCAAAAGAAGUCAACUGUCAUCCAUCUGAACUGGACCACAACGACAUGGUAUUCAAUUUUGAGUCUAAGUCACAGCAUAGGAUAAAAGGAUGCGGAGUACGGCUCAUAAAUGUAUCUCCAUCUGAGGAUGGUAGUUGUACAAGCUCGGAAACUCAGUACAAACAACAGUGUGGAGAAAGUGACAUGGAGAAUGGGAGAAGCAAGAAGCGAUUGGGGGUAAAACUUUGCCAUUAAUCUAAAACAGACAGGAGAGUUUGGAAAGGCCUUUGAAGAGACUUGCAAGGGCAAA